AGUUGAGUAAACCUUAUGAUCUUGUUUUGCAUUGGUCGUCAAGGCUGAGACGAGCUGAGACAAAAAUAAGAGCUUUAUGUGAAAAAAGACAUCCCACAGGGCUCUUGGUUCAUGAAGGAGGCUUGAUUUGCCGUGUCAAUGAACGGGAAAAGGAGGUAUCUCCUCAAUGGAAUGGACAUGGAGACUGCUAACAAAACUUUUGAUUUCAAGUAGUAAAUUAUUGAAGUACUAAUAGACGAAGAGCUCCAGACCUCACCAUGGACACCACAGACAGUGUGGGAGGAUGGGGUGAAGUGGGGGACACCUUCCACAUGACGUAUCGAGGGAAUUCUGAAAUUGAUCGUCAUUAUUCAAAGCCCAUGUUACCAUGGAUCAUUUCGGAGAUAAAGAACCGUCAUAAAGCAGUUCAGGUCACAGUUGAGAUAACCAGAGGGAACAUUACAAUGCGAGACACAGCUGGGGUUGUGCUCUUAAACCACACUGUGAAGCAAAUUCAUAAGUGUGUCAUGGAGCAAGCAGACCACACGUGUUUCCUGUAUACACUCAAGCCUUCAGACAAGGAGCUAGGUCUCGUGAGUGGGGCUCCAGGCUAUAUGGCUGCCUCAGAUCCAACUGUUCCUGUACCAGCAAAUUUUAGUGUUGAUCAAAACUAUCAGUGCCAUUUACUCCAGGCUGAAAAUGAACAGGAGGUGCGAAAUUUCUUCACUUGUCUGCGUCAGCAACCUAGAGAAAUUCAGAACUCGCAAGAAAGCAGUUCAGUAAAUUCCCUGAACUCCCUUCCAGAUCUUUAUGUGCAUAAUGAGUCUCAGUUCUUUGAGGUGCUGUUUGUGGGUAGGGUUAAAGUGUCUCACUCCAAGGUGCCUCCAUCAUUUAUUGAUGAAGCAAUAGCAGCAUUUAAAGUACGUGAAAGGACACGUCAACGACAUGCUUCAGGAGGAGAGAGUGGUAACAUACAGCCAAAUAGUGCUACUAUAGCAUAUCAGCAAGAAGGCAGUGGUCUAUCUGUACCAAAUAUUGUAUUCUCCAAUUUCUGUGACUCAGACAUUGAGCCUCGCAGUCGUAGUAACUCCAGGGAACUGGGGAAAAUUCUCUUACCAUCAACCCAAGGCAAAGAAAAAGACCAGGAGAACAAAGAGCCCCACAAGGCUGCCAAAGUACGAUUCUCACUCUGGGGGAAUGUAGAGCAGCCGUCGCAGUCAUCAACAGAGCCAUCAUGCAAGGCUCCCUCUACCUCAGGCCAUGAGAGCCUCCCUGCUGUGGAAAUGGUGACAUAUAGAUCCACCAGCCUCAACGCUGAAACUGAAGCAGCAGCUAGUCAAAGGUUUGACAAUCAACGAGAUAAAGAAGACACCCCAGAAUCUGAUGAAACAUCUGCACCAGAGUUGUCCGUUGUUGAGCCAUUUCGACAGCGUCUGAGAACAAUUUCUGGAGAUUCUAGUCAGUUAUUUCGCAGGGCACCAACUGCUCAGGAACAUGGGAUGCGUGCUCGAGCUGGUUCAAUCGGCAGUAUAACUGCAAAACCUAGAGGCAUCCGUUAUAAUGAUUGUGAUUUAAGAAUGCUGAGCCAUGACUUUAACCGUACAAUGCUGUUCCACAUCGGACGGAGUGAAAUCCAGCUAAUUAAUCCAGAGGUUAAGUCAGUUCAGCUCAACAAACACUUUAGAGAUAUUGCCCACUGUUGCCAGGGCGUCAAACAGAAUGAUCACUUUGGAUUCAUUUGCCGAGAGAUAAGUGGUGACACCCCUUGCUACCUUGGAUAUGUUUUUAAGUGCCAGAUCAGCUCAGUUACCGAUGAAAUCAUGCAAGCUCUUAGUAAAGCAUUUGCGGCGGUGCAUGAAGCACAGUUACGUGAAAGACAAGAAAACCUGUUGUGUGAUCAAUGUCCAAUGAGGUGGUUCAGCCAGCUGUGUGCAGAAGUUGAAGGAAUGCCUGCAGCUAAAGCCCACACGGUUAUAAUGAAACGCUUGAAUUCACUGCCAGAAGAAGAUCGGACAACCCUUAUUGCAAAAUAUGAGGGGGCAGAGGUUUCAGAUACUCAGGCUCAGAAUAAUAUUCUCAUGAUGCUCCUCAGAGCUCAUUUUGAGUGCAAGCAGUCGACUCACACCCACACAGCCCUACCUGGUGGUGGAGUUAAGCCAGAUUUCCAUAUAGGUGCAAAUUUUGAGUCCUCCAUACGUCGAGCCAAAAAGAGCCUGGCAACAUCUUUCAACCAGUUACUCAAGCGGGAGGGACGAGAAAGUGAGAGUGCUGAACGAGAGGCAUCACCUGCAGAGGAUCAGUCGUCCAGCUCAUCUGGGAGUGGCUCUAGUGAGAAGCACCAUCCCUCAACCACAACCCCCCCAAAAGUGCGCAUGGAAGGCCUCAGUGACUCCCCCCUUGGCCAUCGUCACCGGCCUCGCUCGUCUACUGUCAGUUCCUCUGGGGGAGAUUCCAUGAGGCGUGAGUUCCUUGCCAAACGGGCAGCAGCUAAGCAAAAGAUGAUUGCUGAGAAGGCAGCUAAAGAGAGUGCACCUGUUAGUCCAAAGAGAAACAUUUUUAUGAAGGUGGGAUCAUCAAGUUCGCGAACUGAAGAGGAACACAGCUCAGAUGGAAAGAACAGUAGUAAGUCAUCGUCUUCUACUUCAUUCAGACAUGCCAUUCUUCAGCGUGUGGUGUCUCCUUGUAACAAAACAGAAGGACAGGAUCAGUCACGAGGCCAGUUAGAAAGGCCUUUGGGAAAGAAAUCAAUAGCACAAUUAAAAGUGAUCUGGAAGAAAGCAAUAUUCCAGCAGAUUCUUCUUAAUCGAAUGGAGAAGGAAAGCCAGCGCAUAAGAGCUUACCAGCAAGAGGUAGCUCUCUUGCGAGUACGGUUGAAUUAUGAUGAAGAAGACCUCCCGCGGGAGGCUGUACAGGCCUGGGAAUUGAUGCUCUCCAGACCUCAUGUCAGAAUUGAUUCAAACAUCCUCCAUAGUGGUGUUAAGCAAGGUGUUCCCAAAGCAGUUCGUGGGAAUGUCUGGGAGCUCCUUAUCCACCAACACAUAGCACGGAAUCCAAAAGCACUGCCACAAGUACCUAAUUACAACACACCAUUUGACAGCAUGAUCAAGGACCUCACAUCACAACACCAUGCUAUACUUAUAGACUUAGGUCGUACGUUCCCAACCCAUCCUUACUUCAUGCAGACUCUUGGGCCUGGUCAGCUGGCCCUCUUCAAUGUCCUGAAGGCUUAUUCACUUCUUGAUAGUGAUGUGGGUUAUUGCCAAGGCCUUAGUUUUGUUGGAGGUGUUUUGUUACUACAUGCAGAAGAUGAAAUUGCCUACAAUCUGCUCAAACAUUUAAUGUAUGUAAUGGGAUGCAGACGUCAGUACAGACCAGACUUCAUUGGUCUUCAGGUACAAAUGUAUCAACUCUCACGCUUGUUACAUGACCA